CUUUCAGCCCAGCAUCUGAAACAGGUAAGAAGCUUUCUCCUAUGUUCCUGCUCAAUGAAUCGCUGACCACUGCAGUGUGGAUAGCUGUGAUUUUUCUAUUGUAAGAGAGAGGAAUUACUUUUGGUAGCCAGAUGUGGGUAGCAAGAGAGCUGCUACCAGGGAGCCUGAAACAAAAGUGACGAAGACAUCCUGAAGACUCCAGUGUAGCAUGAUGUCUGGGAAGAGCGUCAAGAGAGAGGAAAAUCCACCAUCUCCAAAGGUGAAUAAAAAUGCACAGAAAGCAGAACACUCCUUGUGCAGUCAGUAUGAGGAAAAGGUUCGUCCCUGUAUUGAUCUCAUUGACUCCCUGAGAGCCCUCGGAGUAGAAAAGGACCUGGCUUUGCCAGCGAUUGCAGUGAUUGGAGACCAGAGUUCUGGAAAAAGUUCGGUUCUAGAAGCCCUGUCUGGAGUCGCUCUUCCUAGAGGCAGUGGUAUUGUUACCAGAUGUCCUUUAGAGCUCAAACUGAAGAAAGUGCAUUACACACAGGAAUGGAAAGGAAAAAUUACUUACUUGGAGAUAAAGCAAGAACUGAAUGGUCCUUCAGAAGUGGAAAAAGAAAUAAGGAAAGCCCAGGAUGCAAUGGCUGGUGAAGGAGUGGGCAUUAGCCAAGAAUUAAUAUCCCUAGAAAUUAGCUCCCCGAAUGUUCCAGAUCUGACACUGAUUGAUCUGCCAGGGAUUGCGAGGGUGGCUGUGGGGAAUCAGCCAAAAGACAUUGGAAAUCAGAUCAUAAAUCUAAUUAAAAUGUAUAUUUGUAAGCAACAAACUAUAAAUCUGGUAGUUGUACCAAGUAAUGUGGAUAUUGCAACUACAGAGGCCCUAAGAAUGGCUAAAGAGGUGGAUCCUAAGGGGGAGAGAACUCUAGGGAUUCUCACAAAACCCGAUUUGGUCGACAGAGGAACUGAGAGCGAUGUCGUUGACAUCGUCCGAAAUCUCAGUGUCCCCCUAAGGAAGGGCUACAUGAUUGUUAAAUGUCGUGGGCAGCAGGACAUCCAUGACAACUUGACACUGGCCUCUGCAAUUCAGAAAGAGAGAGAAUUCUUUGAGGAGCAUGAAUAUUUUAGUAUUCUUUUGGAAGAAAGAAAAGCUACUAUCCCACUUUUGGCAGAGAGACUUACGCAGGAACUGAUAGAGCACAUUAAUAAAUCACUACCAACUUUGGAAAAUCAGAUAAAGAACAAACUCCGGGUGGCAAACAACAAGCUACAAAAAUAUGGCAAAGGUGUGCCAGAAUCAGUGGAAGAGCAGAUGCUCUUCCUAGUAGAUAAACUCAAACUCUUUAACCAGGACAUCAUGAAUUCAGUGCAAGGAGAAGAAAUUGUAACUGAUAAAACAAAACAAAGACUAUUCACAAAAGUUCGCAAGUUCUUUAAUGAAUGGGAAGCCCAUGUUAAUAACAGUACACUGAAAGUAAAAGAAAUUAUGAAAGAAGAAGUGUGGGGCUUUGAAAAUCACUAUCGUGGAAGAGAGCUCCCAGGGUUUGUCAAUUACAGGACAUUUGAGGCCAUUGUGAAACAACAAAUUGUGCUGCUGAAAUCACCAGCUAUCAUGAUACUGAAGACAGUGACUGAGCUUGUACGAGAAACUUUUACUGAAAUUGCCAUGCAACACUUUGAGAACUUUUUCUAUCUUUUCAGAGCAGCUAAGAAUAGAAUUGAAGACAUAAAACAAAAAAAAGAGGAGGAAGCUGAAACUGUAAUUGCCAAUCAGUUCAAAAUGGAACGCAUCGUUUACUGUCAGGACAGUCUUUACAGUGAAGAUUUACGGGAAACUAGGAAGACUCAUGAAGUCCUCCCUUUUGGUGUUGCUGUUACUCAUGUUAAGUCUAUUGCAUCUCAAAAACAGCAUUCCAUUGAUGAAAUGGCUUAUCACUUGAAUGCAUAUUUCAAGGGUGCAGGCAAUCGUCUCUCCACUCAAAUUCCUUUGAUUAUUCAGUCCUAUGUCCUCCAGGACUACACUGAAAAGUUACAGACUGAAAUGUUGCAACUUUUGCAAGACAAAGAUCAGUUUAGCAUUCUUCUUCUUGAGAAGAAAGAUGCCGCCACUGAAAGGAAAAAUUUGAAAGAAAGAAUUAAACGUCUGACACAAGCUCGACAACGCUUAGCAAAGUUCCCAGGUUAAAGCAGAUGUGCGAAGCAAUACCGCUUUUCUUUAACUCUCUUCUGUGUGAGUUAGUUAACCAAGACCUAAAUAGUCAGUGGGAACUGUUGGGUACUCAGGACUUUUGAAAAUCGGGCCACUUAUUACAUGUCUAAAUAUGGAUUUUGGUGCCUAACUUUAAGUUCGUGUUUUUGAAAAGCCUGGCCCCUGUGACCCAUUCACCUCUAAUUGGGAAUAACCUGCAUACAUGGGCGGUGAGUUCUAUGGGCCCGUGGUGUCUGGGCACCAGGAAUAUUCCUGGUGCCCAGAUACCAUAGGCCUGGCUCCAGCACUGUUUGAGGCCGGGUCUCCCUCGGCCCCGUCUUCUGCCCCCGGGCACACAUCCCCCUCCCCCGUGGGUCCCCGAGGCCAUUUAAAACAGCCUGGGGCCCUCACUCACCACCGGCAGCGCAGCAGAGCUGAGCAGCUUCCUGCCUGCUUGCUCCACAUGGCUGCCGGCCCCGCCCUGCAGCCCCUGGGCAGGGUGGGUCUGUGUCCUGCCCCAAGCGCCCCUGCAGCCAAUGGGAAGCUGCAGGGGCAGUACCUGGGGGUAGCAGCACACGGGGACC